GCUGAAUUUUUAACGCUGUUGUGGAACUUCUUUUUCUCCAGGCGGUUACUGUGGCACCAGGAUUCUGUUACAGCGCAGAGAGACGGCUCAGUUGUUUACUGAGGCGGCACCAACCGGACCGUGGAUGGGGUGGACGGUCCGCCCCGAUGUCGUCACCGUAGCAGCAUGACCCUCAACAGCCAGAGAGAGAAGGCGCCAUUACGGCGGCGAGGCAGCACGCCGAUUCAUCCCGCCCACUUCCCCGGGCGGCCGCGCGGCCACGCCCCCCUGGGCCAGUCGGCCUCCUACCACCCCGGAGACAAGUCCCUGCACUACCGCGCCCAGUGGAGCUCGGACGACGACGACGACUCGCUGAGCGACUCGGACUCCGUUCACAGAGUGGUGUUGCUAGGCGACCACGGAGUCGGGAAGACCAGCCUGGCGGGAAUCUUUGCCGGGAUCGCGGAGAAAGAUGAACACCACGGAGAGGACACAUACGAGAGAACGCUCACAGUGGAUGGAGAGGAAUCCACACUCAUCGUCAUGGAUACCUGGGAGAACGAAAAACUGGAGGACGACGCCUCCUCUCAGGACGACUGUCUGAAGGUCGGGAGCGCUUACGUCAUCGUCUACUCCGUCACCGACCGCGGCAGCUUCGACGCCGCCGCCGAGCUCCGCAUCACGCUGCGACGCACCCGCCAGGCCGACAACCUCCCCAUCAUCCUCGUGGGCAACAAGAGCGACCUGGUGCGGUCCAGAGAGGUCGCUGUGGAAGAGGGCCGAGCGUGCGCGGUGGUGUUCGACUGCAAGUUCGUCGAGACGUCGGCGUCUCUGCAGCACAACGUGACCGAGCUGUUCGAGGGCGUGAUCCGCCAGAUCCGCCUCCGGAGAGACGACGCUGAGGCCGUCCGGCGCGGAGGCUCCGCCCACAAGCGCAAAGAGAGCCUCGCCCAGAAGGCCCGGCGCUUCCUGGACCGACUGGUGGCGCGCAACAACCAGCGCAUGGCGGUCAAAGUGCGCUCCAAGAGCUGCCACGACCUGGCCGUCCUCUGAAGACCGGCCGGAGGCUUCUCCGGUUGCGAUGUCGUGGACGACGGCGUCCGCGGGGAUUGUUCUCUCGUUCAGAGAGUCAACAACAACAAAGGAUAAGCGGCGAUCGGAGUCAUCGGACCGUCGCGCACGCCACUUCCUGUUUGGUCUGAAAGACUUUGUGACCUUUUUAUUCAGAUAAAGAACCGGACUGUGAAGGAUCAUCACUGAUGGGUCAAAGGGUGUGUGUGCGUGUGUGUGUGUGUGAGUGUGUGUGAGAGAACAGGUGAUGUCCUGUAGUUCCCACUGUGUCCACUGUGCUGUUCUUCUGAGGUUUCUACUGUUUUCACUUGCAGAAUAAAGUCUUAAAAUCAU